UCUAGUUUUGUUCACAUAACGGUUGUAAGUCAUAAAAGUAAACGAGUUAGAUAUAGGGUUAUAUAUAUCAAAAUGAUCAGGGUGACGAGACGAGUCAAAAUCCGAAUGUCUGUCUGUCCGUCCGUCCGUCCGUCCGUCCGUCCGUGCAACGGAUAACUUGAGUAAAAAUUGAGAUAUCUUGAUGAAACUUGGAACACACGUUCCUUGGGACCGUGAGAGGGUUGCUUUCGAAAAUGGGCAAAAUCGGACCACUGUCACGCCCACAAAAUGGCGAAAACCGAAAACACAUAAAGUGUCAUAACUAAGCCAUAAAUAAAGUUAUAAAAGUAAAAUUUGGAAUUGAAGAUCGCACUAGGAAGGGGCACAUUUGGAUGUAAUUUUUUUGGGAAAGUGGGCGUGACCCCGCCCCCAAAUCGGUUAUUUGUAUAUAACUCGCAAACCAAUAAUUCUAUGUAAACCAAACUUUCUGCAGUCAGUUCUCUUACGUACCAUGAAAAUAGUUGAAAUCGCAUAAUAACCACGCCCACCUCCCAUACAUACUAAAAGUGAGUUAACUCAGUAACGAAAAACGCCAGGAACACUAAAUUUCACAUAAGAAAUGGUGUGGCAUCGCCCACUUAUGGGUCAAAAACCAUAUCUCAGGAACUACUCGACCGAUUUCAAUGAAACUUGGUUUGUAAUAAUUUUCUUACAUCCCAAUGAUAUGUUGUGAAAAUAGCCCAAUCGCUUCACAACCACGCCUACUUCCUAUAUACCAGAACUUUGAAGACAAUCUGAAUCGUUAACUUUACAAUAUUUAAAGGAAGCACUAGUGAAGAUAUCGAUGCAGAACUUUGCACAAAUACUACCUUUAUAGUGUGGAAGCCCCAUUCUAAAAAUCUCCGAAAUCGGACCAUAGGUUUUCAAGGCCCCAUGUAUCGAACAUGAGGACCUCGGUGCUUCUAACCUAAUAUUAGGGUUUCCAACUUUCAAUGGAUUUUAUACAAUAUAUAUGAUGAAUAUGUGGGUCAAAUUGUGUAUUAUAUAAUAUAAAUAAAUCAAAAUACAAAAAUUACAUUAUUCAUUGUAAACAAAGAGGAAAAGUUCCUAUGAGACCAAUAACUUGAGAAGAAUGGAUGAAAUAUGCCGAUUCAUAGCUUUCAAUAUUUACUUGCGGUCAGCGGGAAGAGCUGAUAAGUAAAAACCUUCAAGAACAGGUAAUGAAGGGUAAAAGCGAACAUUCUGGAAGAACUUUUUAAAAUUAAAAGAAGACGACCAAAAACUAUUUCUUUUAACACGGAUGAAUCGGACAGUGUACAAUAUUCUUUUAAAUAUAAUUAGUCCGUUUUUAAAAAAACCAAAACAACAAGUUGGCGUCGAGGAGCGAGUGGUUAUAACAUUAAUGUACCUCGCUUAUGGAACACCUUUUGAGGUCAUAGCCUCGAUGCAUAAGUUAGGCAAAACAACAGUGCGGAAUAUCGUACUUGAAACGUGUGAAAUACUUUGGUUACAUCUGUCCCCGAUAUACCUUAGCGAGCCAAGUACCGCACAAUAUAAAGAUAUUGCUGCAGAUUUUUUUAAAACUGUGGAAUAUACCCAACUGUGUCGGAGCAAUUGACGGGAAGCAUAUAGCUAUUGUUCGUCCACAAAAUUCAGGCUCGUUAUUUUAUAACUAUAAAAAGUUUUAUAGUAUAGUUUUAAUGGCAUCCUGCGACGCUAGGUAUACGUUUACCUCUGCCAGCAUUGGUAGCUAUGGAGGACAAAGUGACGGAGGUGUCUUUCAGCAAUCUAAAUUUGGUAAAGCGCUCUUGGAAAACAAAUUGCCACUACCACCAAGAGCUCCAUUAUGGAAUGAAUCCUCAACAGAUUUUCCACAUUUUUUUGUGGCCGACGCAGCGUUACCGUUGAAGGAAAACUUAAUGCGACCUUACCCCGGUGCACAGCUGCCACGAAACAAAGCAAUUUUCAAUUACCGGUUAUCGCGAGCUUGUAGAGUAAUCGAAAAUAGCUUUGGUAUUUUAACCGCUCGAUGGCGUGUUCUACGAAAGGUCAUAGACUUUAGCCCAAAGAACUGCGAAACAAUUGUGUUAACCUGCUUGGUUCUUCACAAUUUUGAAAUGUUGAAUGACCAUGAUCGUUGGUAUUGUCCAGAUACAUUUGUAGACACAGACACCGCAGACCAUGGAAUAUUGGAGGGAGAAUGGCGUGAAGAUUUAGAGAGUGUUGGAGGUGCAUUACAUUCAAUAAGUUCAACUCGACGCAAUGCAUCUUGUAUCGCAUUCCGUGUAAGGGAUUUUUUGGCAGAAUAUUUUAAAGGGUGA